AUGGCCAAAAGGAAGGAUGCUCGCCGCGAAACGUCUAAGUUGGCGCCGUCGAGCCCUCCCAGGACAACCACGAGCGUAACGACCCGGCCAACAACACCCACCGGCCCAGUUCAGAUUCCCUCAAAAUCAAAAUCCAGCUUGUUUUACGGCUCCCGCCACGUUACGAGGAAAUCGUUCCGCCCUAGAGAUGUGCACUCUCCGGAUGCCGUCCCUCCCGCCAUGCUGGCCCUCUUGGCCGUCACUGAUAUCCCCAGACAGAGACGCGGCUCCAAGCAAAAGCUUGCUCGGGACCAGCCCAUGACUCUGGAGGCUGUCAUUGAGAGGCAGCAGGUCUGUGAGAAGGAGCUCAGUCUCACUUUUGGCAAGAGCCCCAUGGACUUGCUUCUCUCCCCACCCGAUGAUCUGGAGGACGACGAUCUCUCCAUUAGCGAUAGCGGACUCGGUUCAGUCCUGUCAACACGAACGGUUUCUGUCGAGUCCAUGCCCUCUCUCGGGGACUCGUUCUCCACCGACACGCUGUCCUCACUUGAGUCACCUUAUGGAUCAAGUCCUCGCAGGAAGCGAUCGCGACAGCCUCGGAGAUCUUUGGAGCCUAUUUCCUCUCCUCCCGGUCAGCCAGAGGACCACCCACUGUCCCGCGACCGAGUCUCCGUGGAUGAGCUCGACUUUAGAGUUUUCGACGAAUCGCAAGAUGAGGAAGAUGUCAAGUCGGAGUUCUCAUUUUCAGACUACACCUUCCCCUUGCGUCCUCUGAAGUCGGCUUUCAAGUCCAAUUUGACUGCGUCCCUCCGCGCUCUCCGUUCGGCGGCCCGAUCUAUUUCCAACAUCAACUUUUCGUCAAUUCCGCCAGACGACUUUCUCACCCGGUCCAUUCUUACCAUAGACCCUAAGGUGCCGUACACGGAUGAACGACGACCGCCCGUGCUGGAGGAGGAGCCGUCGGCGGCCCUCCGCCGGUAUCUGAACCCCACGACCAAUGCACGCAUAGAGCCCCACCCAGCAACGGCUGCCGCUGCGCCUGCGGGAACGCGAAGCUUUACUGCCUCGAUCCAGAUGCAGACCUACAAGGUUCAGCGAAGCCGGAGUGCACCUCCUCCAUCCAGCCGGGGCCCCUCUCCGACGACAUCGGCAGGCACGACUCAGUCAACGCCUUAUCAGCCCCCCUCACAAUCUCCGAACCAGACUGCCUUUUCUUACCCGCCUGGAGCGAUGCGUCAGCGCGAGAUGCGUGAGAACUCGGAUUUCAUCCGCAUCGCUGUCAUGGAAAUGGCGAUGCGCAAACAGGGCAAGCUUGACGACCAGCGCCCAGGCCGUGCCCGCUGGGCGUUGCCGCCGCGGAAGGCGAGCGUGCGGGCCUACGAGGUUGGCGCCGACGGCGUCCCAGCUCGAUGGAUUCCCGUGUCGCAAUAA